UUGUUGGUUGUUUUCACACAACUUUAAAUAUAUACUAGUGUUUAAUAUUAAGCAUAUGAAUCCAAAAAUAAUAACAAUAAAACUAGAUGCCAAAAUAAAAAUAAUACAAGUUAAGUACAUGAGGUUGGUAUGAACUGCUCUUUAAAAUGCCUGGUUAAGUAUUUCACAGUCAAGCAAUUACCAGCUUUGAAAUUAGAUUGAAAUCUAAAGUGGGUAACAACAUUUACCGAUAAACCUACGUGAAAAUACUGUGCAUUCAAUUAAAUUUCUAACUGAAGUAGCCUAUGACAUUGAAAUUAAGUUACCAACACUGAAUAACGCAGAAUUGUCGAUUUUUAUCUCUUUUUCAAUGCUACCAACUUUAUUUUAAUGUUUCAAGCCAUUCAGAAAAAAUUGAAAAUGAGCGUCACAACGUUAUCAUUCCAGUUAUAAGUUAUGAAUAUUAAUAUUAUCUUUGUUUACUGAAUUUGUAUAUAUGAACAUUAGUGUUUUUUAGUAGUGACUGAUCGCAUUGUGUGGAUUUCAACGAAUUUUCUUACUUUCAAUUUUAGACAAACUGUUAAGGUAGUUUACCGCGGUGUGGCAAUAAGACGAACAUUAGCAAACCGAUAAAGUUUAAGUGUCCGACGGAUAAUGUAUUUAUUUCUGUGUUAUAUCUAUGUUUGUGUCGUUAUUGUGAGUUUAUCGGAAGCACACUACACCCAACAAUGGGCCGUCCACAUCGAAGGUGGGCCCCAGGUAGCUGACGAGGUCGCCCGAGACCAUGGCUUCGAAAAUCAAGGCCAGAUUUUCGAGGACUACUACCUCUUCACCCACAGCGGGGUCUCCAAACGAUCCCUCAGCUUGAAUUCCGAAAAUCGGGCAAAACUAGCAGUCGACACCAGGGUCAGGUGGUCAAAACAACAAACGGCAAAGAAACGAGUUAAAAGAGACCUAAGACUGCAAGACUCAGACCCCAAAUGGCCCAGCAUGUGGUAUCUGAACCGAGGAAAUGGUCUAGAUAUGAACGUUAUUCCCGCCUGGCUAGAGGGCAUAACCGGCAAAGGCGCCGUCGUAACCAUUCUAGACGAUGGUCUCGAGAAGGACCAUCCAGAUCUAGUACAAAAUUACGACCCCUUGGCCUCAUACGACGUCAACAGUCACGAUUCUGAUCCUAGUCCAAGAUACGAUAUGAUAGACUCAAACCGGCACGGCACUCGCUGUGCUGGUGAAGUGGCUGCGACUAGUAAUAACUCGGUUUGUGCUCUGGGUGUUGCCCACGGUGCCCAAGUGGGCGGCGUGCGGAUGCUGGAUGGGGAUGUAACCGACGCGGUGGAGGCUCGCUCCCUGAGCCUCAACCCGCAGCACAUCGACAUCUACAGCGCGUCUUGGGGCCCCGACGACGACGGCAAAACCGUCGACGGGCCCGGGGAGCUCGCCACGCGGGCGUUCAUCGAAGGGGUGACAAAGGGCCGUAAUGGGAAAGGUUCGAUUUUUGUGUGGGCGUCGGGGAACGGCGGCCGGGAUCACGAUAAUUGCAACUGUGACGGGUACACGAAUUCGAUCUAUAGUUUGUCGAUAUCGAGUGCGACGGAACACGGACACGUUCCGUGGUACAGUGAGGCGUGCAGUUCCACCCUUGCCUCGACUUACAGUAGCGGGGCUGUGGGGGAACGCCAGGUGGUGACCACUGAUCUGAGGUAUUCUUGCACUAGUAGCCACACGGGGACCAGUGCCUCGGCGCCGCUUGCAGCGGGCAUCUGUGCACUGGCUCUGGAGGCCAAUCCCAACCUGACCUGGAGGGACAUGCAACACAUUGUUGUUCGGACCGCCAGGCCCGAAAAUCUGAUCGCCCCUGACUGGCAGACCAACGGCGUGGGGCGAAAUGUCUCACAUAGUUUUGGCUAUGGGCUUAUGGACGCCUACGCCAUGGUACAACUCUCGAGGAAUUGGAUCACAGUGCCUGAACAACACAAAUGCGAAAUCACCGCGCCUCACGUCCAAAGGCCUAUUCCUGCCAAAAGCGUAGUCGUUUUACAGUUACAAGUAAAGGAGUGUGAGGGAGUUGAAGUCUUAGAACACGUCCAAGCUAAAUUAACUAUCUAUUCGCAAAGACGUGGCGACCUGAAUAUUCAGUUGACCUCCCCUAUGGGAACGCGGGUAACACUAUUAGCCCAUAGGGCCCACGACACUUCCAGGGUUGGGUUCUCCCAUUGGCCUUUCAUGUCAGUGCAUUCCUGGGGAGAGACUCCUUUCGGAACCUGGCAGUUGGAAAUACAUAACGACGGACGCCUUCUUGGUCGAGCGACACUUCAGAACUGGUCUUUGGUCCUGUAUGGGACCAAGCAGUUUCUCCCUCCUUUACCUAAUAAUAAUAUAGAAACUAACAAAGUCAACAAAACUAAAACAAAUAAUAUAUUUAAAAAGAAAAACUCUAAAAAGCAAAGAAACAAAAACUUGCAAAAAGUCACGACAACUAAACCCCCCAAAUCCCAAUACAAACUAAAGUUAAAGAACACAACGCCGAAAAUCAGCGUUCCUAACGUAACAAAUUCGAAAAAUCGCAAAAUAGCCAAGACCACGACCGAGUUCUCGCCCUACUUUUACGCGAUAAACACCAGUAAAUACAAAAAUUCGGAGGACAGUGUUAAGCAGUACUUGAAAUUUGUUAAGAACAUUACGAUAACUUACCCGGUCAUGAUUCCCUCCCGCGAGAUGUCGAAACCUCGCGAAUCGUUCAAAAAAUCGCAAAAACAGAAAGAGAAAAGCCGCGAUAUUAACUCGAACCGUAACGCUAAAGUUUUCACUUCUAAAACGACUGAAUUAACAACCUAUCAAACUACCACCAGUUCCCCCAGAGGAAGAUUGGCGAACGUGACUGUCUGGGAUUUGACUCUGUAUGGCACGGCCACACCGCCGGCCGCCGACCUGAAGCAGGAGACGGUGCACCAGCCCUCCAUUGUGGACAUAUACCCCGAAGAGAUCGAUGAUAAUUCGAUUCAAGACGCGUCGGCCAAUUCCCUCAAGUUUGGUGCAGAGGUUAAGAAAGAUACGUCCGGUUGCUUAAAAACUAAUGGCCAGUUAUGUUUAGGUUUGUGUAUUGUUAUAAUUAUGUGCUGCACGUCCUCAUAUAACUGCCAAGACACUCUCUAUGUCCUAUUAAUAUAUACUAUCAGUUCACUAAUUUUCAUUUUCGACUUGUAUUUAAACAUUCGGAUCAAGUCUUGCCACAUUAAACGUAGCAUCAUUGAGUUUCAUAAUGUAAACAGAUCAUACAAUCUUUACUGUAUUCAUUCAACCACAAAUCAAAACAAAGAAAAUUCUGACAACAAUUUUCACAGAGACACACGGAAAAACAAAUGUAAAGUCACGCGACAUAUAUUUAAAGACGUUUUUUUGAAUCGUACGUUUAGAGACUUUUUAGGGAAGGUAGGGAAUUUAAAGGUUUUUUUGCGAAUAAUGUAUCAUAACGUUCGCGAAUGGUUACAUAGACUAAAUACGCUUAGAUUAGUAGUACUAUUUUGUGAUAUCUCAACGUUUUAUAUAUUUUUUAAGCUAAAGUGUUCAAUAUUAUGUAUGUUACCGUCUUAUUCGGAAGUAUCCAACUGAAUUUCUUUCAACCGUAAUAUAUUUACACCACUCUUAUCAUAUUAUGUCAGUUUUGUUAUGUUUAUGAAAUAUUUAUUUUUAUCUAUUGUACAGUUUUAUUGUUUUAUUAACAAUUCUAUCUAUUGUCCAGUGAAAUACGCUAGCUCGAUCACUUUGUACUUAAGCAAAGUUACUUCACCUGUUUUGGUCCACGCAGCAAGGUUGACACUUUUGUACUUUUCACAUUUUUUAAUGUUCGCCUGUCUGAAAACAUACCAGUAUUUCGCGAGUAAUAUUAAGAUGUAUGUGCCAAAUUUAAGAGUAAGUAGGACGUAGAUGUUACAAAAAGGACAAGGUAAUCGCAGAACCGUUCGCAUAUUCGACAUAUAAGUGCAAUUACCUAACAACCUACAAAAGUACCAAUACUUUUAGACAAACGGAAAUACAAUAAAGGUGGUAUAGAUCGAUAUGUUUUACGUUCGGAUUAUUUUUCUACUUUACACGCAAUGGUAAUGUUAGCUGUGAUUAUUUAAUUAUUGUACAUACUUGAAAGACUCAUUUAUAUUUUAUUAUGUUGUUAAUUUUUUAAUAGUAGUUCCUGAAACAAGUUCACCAUUAAUGUUAAGGUACCUAUGUACAUUGAGAAUUUGUCUGAUACUUAAAAUUGUAAGUAAAUUACUUAAUAUGCCUUAAUUUUGUCACGUUGAUUUGACGAAUACUCGACCGAGUAUCAGCUCAAUGAAUGAAUGGGUGUUUGUGUGUAGUAAAUGUCUGUACUUAUCUGUAUUUUUAACUUUAGUCUUAGAUAUUCUGAAAAUUCUUUAGUCCUCAAGGCCUAGUCUUUAGCCAUUCUGUUGAGAUUUUAUUUAUUUUUACCAAAGACCCCUCUUUGGCCGACUUUUUUAUGCAUCAUUCUCAACGGACUUGCUAAUAACUAAAAUAUAUUGUUAUAAUACAUGUACAUCACCUGUUUGUAAACUAUAAAAGAAUAAUAAAUUGUGGCUAAAACGA